GGGGCAUGCUUGAGAGAUUUCAAGGAUUUGUUGAAAAAUUAGGACUUGUGAACUAGGUAGCUUUUUGACAAAUAUUGGUUCUUAAUCGUCAAUAAUUUUCUCUAUGGUGUAUUGCUUCCAAGACUUCUCUACGGGGGCUCUUAGUUUAUAGGUAAAAGGAAGGGAAAGGGAAGUGAGGCUCGUACCCAGCCCUUGUCGUCCGGUUUGGGUUCAAUCCUCCUCUCCUACUUCAUUUCCGCACCUAUUUUGAUGUGGCAAUAAUGGAAUAUCCUUGAAGACAGGGGCAGAUGCACAUUAGAAGCUAUGGGUGUGGCCUAACCCAGUUGCUUUGACUCAGACCCUAUAUAUGUGUUAAAAAAUAUACUAAAUGUGAAUAAAUAACCCAAUAACUUAAAUGGUCAGUGGGUUCACUAGCAUCUUGAACCCGUAAAGUGCAAAUCUUGAAAUCGCCUAUGCUUAAAGAUGGUUUGUUUGGCUUCUGAUAGUGCAACAGGAUGAAGAAAUAUUUCACGGAAAGUUUGUUAGAAGACACAGAGGAGAGAAAAAGGAAGAGGAGAGGGGAGAAAGGGAAAGGAGAGAAAGCCAUUCUGGAAAGGGAUUGGUUAGACCAGAAAAUGGUUUGCAGCCCGGUUUUGACGUUUUGUUCUCAGCAACGAGAUUGUCCUCUUUCUUUCUGUAUAGAAUGGCCUCUUCUUUGCUCAUUGUGAUGUGUCUAUAUCGUGAGGGAUGAUGUCCUUUAUAUGACCGUCCAGUUUGGUUAGGGGUGUCUUUGGAUUUGCCAGUUUGGGUGGUCCUUGGCAGCUUUAUAAUUUGUCGUAACCCUCCUCUGGAGGCUGGGUGCUCAUGCACUCAUAUUACUUGUGGUGAUGGGUUGCCAGUUGACAUCAAUAAGAUCAUUUGUGGGAAGCGACAAUGAUGGAAUGAUUACCAGAUGGCGCCAAUGUAAAGGGCUUUCCGGUCCGAUGCCUAGUUGUUGUGCUUUGUAUAUCCAUGUAACAAACUGGGAAGGCUGGUGGUAGACUGUCACUUGCCCUCAUUAUCUGGGUCUGGCGCGUUCCUGCAGUCGCCCGUUCUAUUGAUCGCCUCAAGCUGCUCAUUUAGACUGCUCAACCUCAAUCACUUCUCUGAUCUGUUGAUUUUUGUCUCUUGACUAAAAUCUUAACCUUUAGCCUAGUGUUCCAUGGGCUUCCUCUUGGUUUCUGCUUCUAAGUUCGAUUUGAACUGGAUUGUGACCUUAUUUCCAUUAGAUUGUUCUCCCAGGAUCGUGACUUUUGGCCAUUAGGCCGUCCUCACAUGGACACCGACAUUUGAUUCAAUAGUUGUUAAUUUCACCUGUGACUAGGUACAGACUUAAUUCUACUUUGAAUCUAUCCUUUCUCUUUUGCCUCCCUCAUUGGCCCCCUUAUGAAAUGUACUAAAAGACAAUGUGUAAAAAUGCGUUGGGAGCUGAAAAAAGGCUAUUAAUAAAACAAAGAAAAGCAAGUCAGUUGGAGCCGCGAUUGGAAAUUAGGCAAAAGCGAAAAAGGGGAAUUAAAGAGAGCGAAGAAUUAAAAGCGGAAGUGAGAGCAAGAACCACACGCGGAGAACAACAAUCAAUUUGCAGAAUCUUUGGCAAAGCACACAUGAUGGAAAAACAGCUAAUCGUGGCUGUUGAAGGCACUGCCGCCGUGGGACCUUUCUGGCAAACAAUCAUUUCUGAUUACCUCGACAAAAUGAUACGGUCCUUCACUAAAUUGGAGCCAAUAGAAAAGAAGCCAUCUGCUGGCAAUUGGCAGCUCGCAAUGGUGGUUUUCGCGGUGCAUGGAUCCCAUGGUGCUUGCCUGGUUCGACGAAGUGGAUGGACAAGAGACAUAGAUAUGUUUUUCCAAUGGCUAUCAGCUAUACCUUUCUCAGGUGGUGGUUUCAAUGAUGCUGCAGUUGCAGAAAGCCUUGCAGAGGCAUUGACGAUGUUUUCUUCACUCAAUGGAAGCCAAACUCAACAAAAUGUGGAUUGGCAAAGACAUUGCAUACUUAUUGCUGCAAGUAACCCUUAUCCAUUGCCUACACCAGUUUAUCAUCCACAUAUGCAGAAUGUGGAGCAGAGUGGAAACAUUGAAGCACAUACCGCUAAUCGACUAUCUGAUGCUGAGACAGUUGCAAAGGAAUUUCCUCAGUGCUCUGUUUCCCUCUCAGUUAUAUGCCCAAAGCAGCUUCCGAAAUUAAGAGCAAUAUAUAAUGCGGGAAAACGUGAUCCACAAGCAGCUGACCCGCCCAUUGAUACAUCUAAGAAUCCAAACUUUCUUGUCUUAAUUUCGGAAAAUUUCAUCGAGGCUUGUGCUGCUUUCAAUCGCACUGGAAUGGAAAGUUCGGCGCUUAACCAGAGCCUGGUCGAAAUGGAUAUGUCUUCUGUAGCUCCAGUUUCUGCGCCAGCAGCAACUUUUAAUCCAGCAGGUUCAGUUAUGAGUCAACAACCAAUUUCAGCUGGAAAUAUUCCCGCUGCAACCAUAAACAUGGAGCCCACCACUGUAACCUCCGUUACUGGACCUGCUCUUCCACAUAUUCCUACUGCUCGUCCUACUUCUCAACUAGUUGCAAGCUUGCAAAGUGCUUCACCUAUUUCUGUUUCUGAGGAGGUGGUCCCAAAUAAUGAGAUUGUUAAUGAAACAAAACCUAUUCUCAGUGGGAUGACACAACCCUUACAUUCAUUUAGUGGCGCAGCUGCAAAUGCCAGAAUACUGAAUGAUGUUGCUCAAGCCCAGGCACUUGUUGGGGGAACUUCUAUAGGACUGCAGUCUAUGGGUGAGACACCUAUUCUAUCAAACAUGAUGUCUGGUGGAAUAUCUUCUUCUAUACCUGCUGCUCCAACUGUUUUAUCAUCUGGGCAACUAGCUGUCACUUCAAUGUCUGGGUUAGUGCCAUUAGCAGGAACUGGUCAGAUAGCUCAAAACUCUGUUUCUGCAUCAUCCGUUUCGAUCGCUCCCAGUAUGUCUGGAAAUUCAAACCUUUGCGUGUCCCAACUUUUGAGUAAUAUCCAAGGAGGUGUUAGUGCAGGCAUGCACCAGAAUGUGCUGAGUGGAACGGGUGCUGGUAUGCCUUUUGGACAAGGCACACUGAUGUCUACUCCAAGGAUGACUCAACAAGGACACCCUGGAAUGCAGCCUCUUAGCAGGAAUAACAGUACAGAAGCUAACAUGCCUCUGUCUCAGCAGCAAACAUCUGCUACAUUGUCAUCAGCUCAAUCAAACUACGUCAAAGUCUGGGAGGGAGACUUAUCGGGGCAGAGACAAGGCGAACCUGUACUUAUUACCAGACUACAGGGAUUCAGGAUUGCUUCAGCUUCUAAAUUGCUUGCUGCAAAUUGGCCCCAAACAAUGCAAAUUGAUCGCCUUAUUACGCAGGAGCAUUUGAAUAAUGAUGUUAGACGGCUCAUCGGAAAGGCAGAAAUUGUAGUUUUUUGGGCAAUGGACCAGCAUGUAUUUCUCGGCCAGCUGCAGGAAAAGAAGUUUUGUGCAGUAAUUCAACUAUCAUCACAGACAAUGAUUCUCUCUGUUUCUGAUAAAACUUGCCGCUUAAUUGGAAUGUUGUUUCCUGAGAAUAUGGUGGUAUUUAAGCCACAGAUACCCAGUCAGCAGCUGGAAGCACAACAUCCGCGGCUAGAGCAACUGCUGCUGCAACAAUCGCUUCCCCUAUUACAGCAGCAGCAACCCCUUCAACAGCUGCAGCAACAACAGCGUCUGAUGCCACUAAAGCGAAAACCUAACAUUCCUCUGCAGCAACAGCCAAAGAUUCCCAAAUUACAUCGACAACAGACUCCACAAAUACAGCAGCAACAGCAGAUACCGCAAAUGCAGCAAACAGAGCAGCAGCAACCAAUAAUUGGGACAUGUUUGAAUCAAGCAUCAACCGGAGGUACUAGACGGGCACAACUUAUGUCUCAGGGACAAGCUUCUUCACGAGGACUGCCAAACAUGCCCUGAGGAGGCUUUAUGAAUUGAACAUGGCAAUGAAUUAGACAAUGAGCUGUUGUAGAAAUUGCAAUCAGCGUAAAGCAGCUGAAAUUCCUACUUCUUAGCUAUCGAAUUUUGAACUCAUUUUUCAUGUAGAAGGAUACUUCCAAAAUCGAGAGCAUUUAAAACUAAUUAGCUUCAGUGUGGAAAGUAAUUGGUUGCCCAAUGUGAUCAUUAUUCUUCCACCCCAAAUCCAAACCUUCACCUUGAGGGCUUGUCAAAGUUUCAUUUGUUGUAUUUCACCUUCAACCUCAAAUUAUUUUGAGAUCAUAGAUUUCCCUCUAGAUAACUUGUGGUGACCGUUUCUCGUGACAGUUCCUGUGGUACUGCACCUCUUUCCGGUGGAUA